AUGCGGGAAGUCAAUUUUAGUAUUCCCAAUGUGAAUAAGGCCUCGGUCAACAUCACCACCACCCUCUAUGACCGUCGUGCCCUUGAUUGCACAUCGACUUUGCCGCUCAUAAACUCUCUCAACCAUCUUGCAUACCUCACAACCUCGUCCGCUCGGAUUCGAGAUAUCCUCACCGUCGAUGGCGGCAUCGAGCGACUGAUAUGCAUCCUCAAAGAAGGUCGGAGCAAUGAUUUAUUAGAAAUGUGGAAAUGGAGCCUCGCCUUCCAAUGUGUUGUCAAUAUCGGUGUUCGGGGCUCUGAGAGUGUGAGGACAAGAGUGGUGGAAGCAGACAUGGUCCCUGUCAUUGCCACCUUUCUGAACAACUACAUUAAAGUGGUAGAUAAGGUGCGGUCGCGCAACGAUCUCGAAUCCGAGAAGCAGGCGUCUUCUAGGCAGUCAAAGCCCAGCGGCAACCGAGAUAUCCCUAUGGAUGCAGAUACCCAGACCGAGUCACACCCACAGGUCGAAUUGCACCAACCGCGUCGACAAGCCCCUCCGCCGAGUAUCGAAAUUCCCCAGCCGUUCUACCAAGACAGCCAACCGGCCGACUCCGAUGCCAUGGAUAUCACAUCUCCUCCUCGUGCGCCUAUGACAUCCCCCCGGAGCGUAGUACAUUUGGCCAAGAAGCCCAUAACCACCGGUUGA